GCCGGCGAUCAGACUAGCCCUAUCCGCACCUCUUGCCCGCCCUGCACCUGCACCCUUUUUCCUUCUUAUGAAAUGCGUGCCCUCCCCCUCGUCUCCCAACUCAUCCCUCUCCAUUGAAAGUCUAUAUCCUAUUUACUGCACCCGACCACACAGUAAUUCUUCUUAAUUAUUAUCAUCAAUCAUUGCCUCGUUUGAUUCGUUUCCACCCCCUUACAGAAACACUCCGACACCAGCAUCAACCCACAGGUUUCUAGGUAUAUACCCACCUCGGUACUCGUAACCCUCCCUGGAGUCCUGGCCCGCUCAAGCAACAAAGUGCAAGUGCGAUCCGAGACCCCUCCCCAUUUCACGAGGAUCGCAGGGCGACAAAGCCACCCACCUAACUUGGCCAAUCCCCACCAACCUUGCGCACUUGCUCUCUUGCAAGGUCACAUCGUCUUGGGAGCUAGCUGCCUGUACGUUUAUCAAAUCAUUACAAACAUCCGCACACUUUCAACGUCGACUACCUUAUAUCUCUCCUUGACCCGAAGCUACACUCGAGCCAGUCGGCAGUAGAAUGACCUUCGCAAGAACAAUGCCACCCGCCAAAGCAGUAAAGGUAACGCCAAUCAUUCUCGUACUGGUAUUCCCGGCUUGGGGGAUUUCAUAGACUGACACAAAACCACAGACCGAACGCACCCACGAGGAGAACCAGGAGCGCGCAUAUAUUGCAGCAUCCCGAAGAAGUGAUCGAAGCUUAGAGGCCCGGAUAGAGUCAGCCCGGAGAGCUUCGGACAUUCACAAACGUCGCACUGGUCGUGCCUUGAAAGUCACCGAGCAAGAUGUAUUGAAUGAGGAGAUGUAUGAGGAGGAGGAUGAUGAUAUGCCUGCUCACUACCGAAGACUCACAGCUCAUCUACAGACCGGAUCGGCCGAUUUCAAUCGAAAGUUAGCCGCAUACCUGUGUACCAAUGUUGCCAUGCGAUCUGCUGUCGAGCGGGCAAUCAACUAUUCUUACACUCCAGAGGCUGCUGCCUUAGCACCCGUGUCGAUGGGAGGGCAGCCAUUUGCUCCCAACCCCAUGUUUCAAACACCAAUGCCAAUGCUUCCUCUCCAACAUCAACAGCAGCGCGCUCAGAUGAUGAUGCAACAGCAACAGCAACAGCAACAGCAGCAAAUGCAAACCCCUAUGAGUUAUCGCCAGUCACCAUACCCAUUGCCACAACGUCCAUUACUUCAACAGCAACAACAACAAAUGAUGCAGCAGCAAAUGGCUCAAAUGGCCCAGAUGACACAAGGCGCCCAGCAGGAUUCGAAGCAGGAGAUUGAGAAGGAGGGCGAGCCAGACAAAGAGCAGGAUGCAAAGCGUCCCACCCCUUUGGCAAUUCGUACCCAUCCUGGUUUGAACAUCAACGACCGAAGACAGUCGGUACCUAUAACAUCUUCGGGUGCUAUGAGUCCAGUCGACACGCAUGCCCCCAUGUCCGCAACGAUUACACCAAAGCAAAGACCUUCAUUCCCACCUGGAACUUUCUCCCAGGCGAAUAUGUCCCAGGCAAGCAUCUCACAGCAAACCCAUGUACAGAUGCAAAAUAGUUCUAGUCACUCCAAUUUUGGACCAUUUGGCAUGCCAGCCGAUUCCCAGAUGUUCUCUGAUUCAACGGUCAAUGCAAUGUGCAAUGAUCCCCUUCUCAACAACUGGAGUGGUGUGAUGGCAGGGAACAGUAGCAUGUCUGGUAUCGGCAACCCUUAUGGCAACAUUUACGCUCUUGGCACACAAUUGUUAGACACAAAUGGUGCCAUCAAGCAUCAAAUCCAGCCUACUUUUGAUGGAUUGAAUACGACUCUUGCACCACCGGCUGAUACCAACACCAUCAACGAUUCUAUACAGCCUUUCAACAGCGACGAGAGUAAUCAGGCAACAGAAUUCGAUGGUGUUACAAUGGGUGGCAAUGAAGACGGGGAUAGCUUUUUCGAUUAUGAGAAUUGGAAUGCGCCCACUGCCUCUCAAUAGCUUACCUAUUGACCGCCACCAAUCACCGCUACCAAAAUUGCAAGAACCUACUCACCGGUUCCAGAUUUAUGCCAUUGGAAGUUGAGGACACUCGGCGAUAAGUCAAAAUUAAGUGACAUCUCGGGUUCGUCAGUCUCAGCCCGGACUGGAUGCUUGGCAGCGACACUUGCCUAGCAAUUGUUUUAUAGCGUUUUACGACAUCUCCACAAAAUCAUAUCAGACACACGGACCGAUCAUCAAUUGGCUCGGGUAAUCGUUUGUCUAGCUUCGGUAUUGUUAAGAAGCGAAAGAUAUUAUGAGCGCAGCUCUUGAAAACAGAGCUCGUGUCUCUUUUUCGGAGAUCAUCAUGUUUCGGGUAAAGGGAAAGGCGUUGUUUGAUAUUUUUACGAACCUGUUAUUUCACUUGAGCGAGAAACAAGGAGGGGAUUGGGAAUAUAUCGCAGCUUGGCGAUUGGCGAUUGGUGGCGUUUUAUUAUUGAGCACAAGAGACGUGGGAUGACCUUGAAAAAUAGCAAUGAAUGAUCCAAAGAGAUCUGGGUAUAGGGUUUUUUCUGUUUUGGCUUCAGCGUUGUAUUAGUCUGGUGGAUUUAUAAGACUUGGAAAUUGGGAUGGUGUCUGGAGUGAGAGUUGGCGUGAUUCCUGUUCCUGAAAUGGAAUGGGUCUCUGUCUGUAUGGUUUGUGCAUACAGAAUUGCGGAUAUACAAAAAAGUAAUAAAAAAUCCUUCUGGA